CGGUAGGGCUGCCGGAGCCUCUCUAAGGUGGUCGCUGGCGGUGUGGACCCCCAACCCGGACCGCUGGGUCGCAGGGUAGGCGCCUCGGCCGACCCAGGGGCGGGAGGUGGGGACGUGGCAUCGGCUCAAGCGGGCGGAGCGCGGCAGCGGAGGCGGAGCCCCGAGGGGAGGAGGCGCCGCGCUGGCCCUGCGCCGCCGGGAGCUUCUGGAAACGCCGGGAACCGCGAGCGCGCGUCCAGGUGCUGCAGAAUCCUGUGGUCACUAGCUCUCAUUUCAACAAGCGGACUCUUCUGGGUGUUUGAAAUUGGACAGUGGGGAAGACCAGGCCCAGAACAGUGUGAUACUGCCCUCUGUCACCAUGAAACUCUGGGUGUCUACACUUCUGAUGGCCUGGCUUGGUGUCCUGGGCAGUGUGCAGGCUGAAUUCUUCACCUCUAUUGGCACCCUCUGGCCGCCUCCCAACAUCUUGGAGCCUCUGCCUGUCUUCCCGAAGCUGGAGACCAGGACCAUGGCACAUGACAGAUCUGAUUUAUGCUGAGAAGGACCUAGUGCAAUCUCUGAAGGAGUACAUCAUUGUGGAGGAAGCCAAGCUCUUGAAGAUUAAGAGUUGGGCCACCAAAAUGGAAGCCCUGACCAGCAAGUCAACUGCCGAUCCUGAAGGCUAUUUGGCCCAUCCUGUGAAUGCCUACAAACUGGUGAAGAGACUGAACACAGAGUGGCCAGCACUGGAGGACCUUGUCCUGCAGGACUCAGCUGCAGGAUUUAUUGCCAAUCUCUCAGUACAGCGGCAGUUCUUCCCCACGGAUGAGGAUGAAAAAGGGGCUGCUAAGGCCCUGAUGAGGCUUCAGGACACUUACAAGUUGGACCCAGACAUGAUUUCCAGAGGAGAGCUUCCAGGAACCAAGUACCAGGCAGUGAUGAGUGUGGAUGACUGCUUUGGGAUGGGCCGCUCAGCCUACAAUGAAGGGGACUACUACCACACAGUGCUGUGGAUGGAGCAGGUGCUCAAGCAGCUCGAUGCUGGGGAGGAGGCCACCACACCGAAAGCCCAGGUGUUGGACUACCUGAGCUAUGCUGUCUUCCAGUUGGGCGAUCUGCACCGUGCCCUGGAGCUCACUCGCCGCCUGCUUUCCCUUGACCCGAGCCAUGAGCGAGCUGGAGGGAAUCUGCGGUACUUUGAGCACUUGUUGGAGGAAGAAAGAGAAAAAAGAUUACUCAAUCAGACAGAUGCUGAGCUUGCAGCCCAGGAAAGCUUCUAUGAGAGGCCUGUGGAUUACCUGCCUGAAAGAGAUGUCUACGAGAGCCUCUGUCGUGGGGAAGGUGUCAAACUGACACCACGGAGACAGAAGAGGCUUUUCUGCAGGUAUCACCAUGGCAACAGGACACCACAGCUUCUCAUCGCCCCCUUCAAAGAGGAAGAUGAGUGGGACAGCCCACACAUCGUCAGGUACUACGAUGUCAUGUCCGAUGAGGAAAUUGAAAGGAUCAAGGAGAUUGCAAAACCCAAACUUGCACGAGCCACUGUUCGUGACCCUAAGACAGGUGUUCUUACUGUUGCCAGCUACAGGGUUUCCAAAAGCUCCUGGCUGGAGGAGGAUGAUGACCCAGUUGUGGCACGAGUGAAUCGUCGGAUGCAACACAUUACAGGAUUAACAGUAAAGACUGCAGAAUUAUUGCAGGUUGCUAAUUACGGGAUGGGAGGACAGUACGAACCGCACUUUGACUUCUCCAGGAGCCAUGAGCGAGAUGCUUUCAAGCGUUUAGGGACGGGGAAUCGUGUGGCCACAUUCUUAAACUACAUGAGUGAUGUAGAAGCAGGUGGUGCCACUGUCUUUCCUGAUCUGGGGGCUGCAAUAUGGCCUAAGAAGGGCACAGCCGUAUUCUGGUACAAUCUUCUGCGGAGUGGGGAAGGUGACUACCGAACAAGACAUGCUGCCUGUCCAGUGCUUGUGGGUUGCAAGUGGGUCUCCAAUAAGUGGUUCCAUGAACGAGGACAGGAGUUCCUGAGGCCGUGUGGAUCAACAGAAGUUGACUGACAUUGUUUUCUACUCUUCUCCUUCCUGUUCCCACAGCCCAUGUCAUCUUCAAGUUUAACAUGACAGACAUCUUUGUGUGUUCUAGUCCUUGUCAGGCUGGGUCUUGGAAGAGUGGGUGUUUGUUUGAAGCAGGAGAAUAAACUGGGCAAGGUCAUAGAUGGCCUGGGUCUCAGCCUUUCUUGUCAGCCUGUAUCACCUCUGCCACCCCCAAGGUUGGGGUCAGAGUGACUGCAGCAGAGUCAGGCUAUAUAGCACCUAAUAUGGUGUCACCAUACCUCAAAUGUUUUAGAUGUGAGAUGUUUCAGUGAACCAAAGUUCUGAUAACUUGUUUACAUGUUUAUAUGUCUUUUCUAUCAAUGUGGAUUUAAUCAAAUAAAUGAAUAAAUAAAAUGUCCCUGCCAGAA